CAGAGCAUGGCUUCAGGUGUCAUCUGACAUGCAUAAACGUUGUGUGUUUUCAUUUUCAAGGUCUCCUUCAAGCUUGCUUCGCCAUGAAUGCUUGACAUACCUGCACUCUGCAGUGACUAGUGACGCCUGCCAGUUGAGAGCAUUUGAUACCUCCCAUACUACAAAGUGUACAGAUCGACCCUCGUUUAAUUCUUGUCAUGCCACCCCAAAGAAUGUGCCAAGAUCUUCUAUCUCAGCUGUUAUAAAGACAUCAAACAAAACCCUCAGAGCUGUAUUUCCCUAUGGUAUGUUUGAUGAAGAAGGCCUUAGAGAGUUCUUGACAUUGCAUGAAGCUAAGAAAACUGAGUAUGAAGUCCAAUGUGAGACAGAGUGGUUUACUUCAAUAGAACAGAUUGUCAACAGACCAAUUAAAGGCUUAAAUGGACACCAGUUACACUUGAAAGAAAUCAGUACUUCUGACAUAUGUGCAUUAAAGACAACGCUGUGGUAUCAAAAAACUUCUGAUGUUAUUAUGGGCCACCUCUCUGUACAGCAGUUGUCCACACUAGUUUGUGACAGAUGGGUUACAGAGGACGUGAUGCAGCACACUCUUCAUUGCUUAAUAGAAAAUGUCAAAACAACGACCAGGUAUACUGUGCAGUAUGGACCCCACUUUAGAGGGCAACGCAGGGAAUUACAGUUGCUUGAAGAUGCAGUUAGCUCAAAGCACAUCAGACUAAUCUGCUUUGCCAUUAAUGUCCGCUUUGAUGAGACAAGUGGAACAACCUGGAUGACGAAUCGUCUGCUGUCAGGAAAUCAUUGGAUUCUUUAG